AUGACUAUUGAACAUGUAGAUUUUGAAGGUUUUGAACGUUUAACACAAGUACUUGAUAAAGUACGUUUAGGAAAAUGUAAUCUUAUUGAAGAAGUUAUUAUUGAUGAGGAUAAACUUAUUAAAUUUUCAGGCGCAGCUGAAAUGUUAAUAGCUAAAGCUGUUUCUCAAUUACCUGAAAAAACACCUGGAGAAGAAUCAAUUGUUAUUGAAUUAUUUGCUUGUGCACUUCGACAAUUAUCAACAAUUAUUCCUGAUAAUGCUGGUUAUGAUAGUGCUAAGUUAAUAGCUAAUCUUCGUGCUGCUCAUACUUCAGGAAAAUCAGCAUUUGGUCUUGAUAUGGAAAAAGGUAUAACUGCUGAUAUGGUCGAAUUAGGUAUACUUGAAUCAUUUCAUCUUAAACGGCAAGUUGUUAUUAGGGCAGCUAAAGCAGCUGAAAUGGCAUUAUGUCUUGAUAAUAUUAUUUGA